CGAGAGCUGUGAGAGAAGGAAGAUGGCGGACGUGCUGGAUCUUCACGAGGCGGAAGGCGAGGACUUCACCAUGGAUGAAGAUGGGGACGAAAGCAUCCAUAAACCAAAAGAAAAAGCAAAGAAAUGGAAGGGCCGCGGCUUUGGUCCCGAAGAGGGGUCCCGAGAGCGGAUGCGAGAGGAUUAUGAGAGUGUAGAGCAGGAUGGCGAUGAACCUGGACCACAACGCUCUGUUGAAGGUUGGAUUCUCUUUGUCACUGGAAUCCAUGAAGAAGCCACUGAAGAAGAUAUCCAUGACAAAUUCGCUGAAUAUGGGGAAAUAAAAAACAUCCACCUUAACUUGGACAGGCGUACAGGAUACUUGAAGGGGUAUACUCUAGUGGAGUAUGAAACAUACAAAGAGGCCCAGGCUGCCAUGGAGGGACUCAAUGGUCAAGAUUUGAUGGGACAGCCAAUCAGUGUCAACUGAUGUUUUGUUCGGGGUCCACCAAAGGGCAAGAG